AUGGGCUGGUGCGGCCGCUGCUCGGGGCCGCCGCCGUCGCUGCCGUUGGUGCUGCUGGUGCUGCUGGCGGCGCCCGGCGCUGGCGCGGCCCCGCGCUCGGCGCUCUACUCGCCGUCCGACCCGCUGACGCUGCUGCAGGCGGACUCGGUGCGCGGCGCCGUGCAGGACUCGCGCAGCGCCUGGGCCGUGGAGUUCUUCGCCUCCUGGUGCGGCCACUGCAUCGCCUUCGCCCCCAUGUGGAAGGCGCUGGCCAACGACGUCAAAGACUGGAGGCCGGCGCUGAACCUCGCUGCCCUAGACUGUGCUGACGAGACCAACAGCGCCGUCUGCAGAGACUUCGACAUCCCCGGCUUCCCGACCGUGAGGUUCUUCAAGGCCUUUUCCAAGAGUGGCCCGGGAGCAACGCUGGCAGUGGCCGGAGCGGACAUGCAGACGCUGCGGCAGAGGCUCAUCGACGCCCUGGAGACCCACACUGCCACGUGGCCCCCCGCCUGUCCUCCGCUGGAGCCCACCGGGCUGGAGGAGAUCGAUGGGUUCUUUGCGAGAAACGACGAAGAGUACCUGGCCCUGAUCUUUGAGAAGGAAGGCUCCUACCUGGGUAGAGAGGUGAUCCUGGACCUGUCCCAGCGCCAGGGCGUCGCGGUGCGCAGGGUCCUCAGCACGGAGGCCGACGUGGUGAGCAAGUUCGGCGUCACCGACUUCCCAUCCUGCUACCUGCUGUUCCGCAACGGCUCUGCCUCCCGGGUUCCUGUGCUCAUGGAGUCCCGGUCCUUCUACACCACCUACCUGCAGCGGUUCGCGGGGGCCACGCGGGAGGCCGCCCAGACCACGGUUGCGCCCAUCACUUCCAAUACGGUCGCGCCCACCGCGUGGAAAGUUGCAGACCGCUCCAAGAUCUACAUGGCUGACCUGGAGUCUGCCCUGCACUACAUCCUGCGGGUGGAAGUGGGCAAGUUCUCCCUCCUGGAGGGGCAGCGCUUGGUGGCCCUGAAGAGGUUUAUGGCGGUCCUGGCGCAGUACUUCCCCGGCCAGCCCUUGGUCCAGAACUUCCUGCACUCCGUCAACGACUGGCUCCAGAAGCAGCAGAGGAAGAAAAUUCCCUACGGCUUCUUCCAGACUGCCCUGGAAAGCAGGAAGGAGGGCGUUGUGAUUGCCAAGAAGGUGAACUGGGUCGGCUGCCAGGGGAGCGAGCCACACUUCCGGGGCUUCCCCUGCUCCCUGUGGGUCCUCUUCCACUUCCUGACCGUGCAGGCCACGCGGCAAAACGUGGAUCGCUCUCAGGAAGCAGCCAAGGCCCAGGAGGUCCUGCAGGCCAUCCGGGGCUACGUCCGCUUCUUCUUCGGCUGCCGGGACUGCGCCGGCCACUUCGAGAAGAUGGCUGCCGCCUCCAUGCACCGCGUGGGCAGUCGGGACAGCGCCGUCCUCUGGCUGUGGUCCAGCCACAACAAGGUCAACGCCCGCCUCGCAGGGGCCCCCAGCGAGGACCCCCAGUUCCCCAAGGUGCAGUGGCCGCCCCGGGAACUCUGUUCCCCCUGCCACAACGAGCUCCGGGGGACGCCCGUGUGGGACCUGGGCAACACCCUCAGCUUCUUCAAAACCCACUUCUCCUGGAGCAACAUCGUCAGGGACCCUCCUGCGACGGAGCCGCCCCGGCGGGGAGCGCUGAGGAUGGCCGCCACCGCCCAGCCGGAGCCGGCGGCCGGGAACUCCACUCUGGGCCCCGCUGCGGCGGAGAGCAGGCUUCUCUGA